GGCGAUCGCCCAUCUUCGUUACAGCAGCAGUCAUGGCGUGCUGUAUCCCAGAUGAGUUGAAGGAACAAAAACGGAUAAAUCAAGAAAUUGAGCGACAGCUCAAACGGGACAAAAAAGAUGCAAGGAGAGAAUUAAAGCUUCUGUUGUUAGGUACUGGAGAAUCUGGCAAGAGCACAUUUAUCAAACAAAUGCGCAUCAUCCACGGCGCAGGCUACUCUGACGAUGACAAGCGAUCGCACAUAAAGAUUGUGUACCAGAACAUCUUCAUGGCCAUGAACGCCAUGAUCAGAGCGAUGGAUACCCUCAACAUUCAGUACACGAACCCUGCAAACCGGGUGAACGGCCACCUGAUACAAGAGUGUUACGACAGACAACGCUGGUACCAGCUUACAGAUUCGGUGAAUUAUUACUUAGACAGUGUGGAGAGAAUUUCCCAGCUCGACUACCUCCCCACGUUACAAGAUAUCCUGCGUGUGAGAGUGCCCACAACUGGCAUCAUUGAGUACCCCUUUGAUCUGGAUAGUAUAAUAUUUAGAAUGGUGGAUGUAGGAGGCCAGAGGUCAGAGCGCAGGAAAUGGAUCCACUGUUUUGAAAAUGUAACGUCCAUCAUGUUUUUAGUCGCCUUAAGUGAAUACGAUCAGGUGCUGGUGGAAUCGGACAAUGAGAACCGUAUGGAGGAGUCGAAGGCCUUGUUUAGAACAAUCAUCACUUAUCCGUGGUUCCAAAACUCCUCCGUCAUUCUCUUUCUCAACAAGAAGGAUCUGUUGGAGGAGAAGAUUAUGCACUCGCAUCUAGUAGACUAUUUCCCUGAAUAUGAUGGUCCAAAGAAAGAUGCCAGCACGGCCCGGGAGUUCAUACUUAAGAUGUUUGUUGAGCUCAACCCUGACCCAGACAAGAUCAUUUAUUCUCAUUUCACUUGUGCCACAGGUAUGGA